AUGGAUCCAUCUACAUAUACCGAUCCCCAGCUCACCUUCCAGGAUCGGUUGGUGAUCGAUGCUAUCGUCCCCAGACCCGACUCCAAAGACCAGGCGGCAACGCCGGACAGCCUCACCAAGAAGGAAACCAUUCAGAAGCUGCACAAUCUAAAUGAUCCCUCUCAUGCUGAGUUUGAUCCAUCAGUCUUCCAGCUCUGGGAUCUGCCGCUGCUACGGGCCAAGCUGCCCGCGCCUAUCCAGAAAUAUGUACUGACGCCUUACAUAAACUGGGCGAAAGAUGUCGUACGUGUCCAGACCGAUGUGGUGAUGGUGACACAUCUCAUUCUUUAUUUCACCACCAUUGUGCCAAGUGGGAUAUUCUUAUUCUACCGCUUCUCGUAUCUACAUGGCUUCGUGCAUUGGUUCAUGCAACUGUUCUACUGCGGCGCAUUCACCCUGAUGAAGCAUCAACAUAUUCACAUGAAUGGAGUCCUGUCAUCCAAAUACUACCUGUUUGACAUGCUAUUCCCGUAUCUGCUUGAUCCCAUGCACGGCCACACAUGGAACUCCUAUUUCUACCACCACAUCAAGCACCACCACGUCGAGGGCAAUAGCGAAGAAGAUCUGAGCUCCACAAUGCACUAUGACCGUGACAGCGUCCCUGACUUCCUCUGCUACGUGGGCCGCUUUGUCUUCUUCAUCUGGUUUGAGCUCCCAAUGUACUUCUUUCGAAAGGGCCAGACGAAGUAUGCUUUGCGAUGUGCGUUCUGGGAGUUGAGUAACUAUGUCGCUCUCUAUACUCUCUACAACUACGUCAAUUCCCGGGCCACAUUGUUUGUGUUCCUUCUUCCUCUCACGGUCAUGCGUCUUGGUUUGAUGGUUGGAAACUGGGGCCAGCAUGCGUUCGUGGACCCGUCUGACCCUGAUUCGGAUUAUUUGUCAAGUAUCACACUUAUUGAUGUCCCGAGUAACCGAUUCUCGUACAAUGAUGGAUACCACACCUCCCACCAUUUGAACCCCCGCCGCCACUGGAGAGAUCACCCCGUCGCCUUUUUGACACAGAAGGAUCGCUAUGCGGAAGAAAACGCCCUGGUUUUCCGGAACGUUGACUAUAUUUUCAUCACUGUUAACCUAUUAAGAAAGAACUACGAGCAUCUCGCGAAAUGCCUCAUUCCUAUUGGGGAUCAAGUCAACAUGAGCCUUGACGAGCGAGUGGAGAUGCUGCGCCGUCGGACACGGAAGUUUCCAAAGACCUCGACUUCAUCAAAAAAGACUGAAUAA